AUGGCCAAUCCUAGUCCUGUGCAUCCUAAUCUCGCGGAAUGCGCCUUCCUCUUCUUCAUCUGGAUUGUCUCAAAUCUCGUCGUGCGUUUCUUGAUCAAAAUUAUAUGCACCAACUCUAGCGCCAAAACUCGGAACCCACCCAGCCCACGGGCUCUCCCCAUAAUUGGCCACCUUCACCUACUAAGCUCUAAAUUACCCGAGUCACUCCAAAACUUAGCUCGACGCUAUGGCCCUCUCAUGCAGAUACGUAUUGGUACUUCAACAACUUUUGUUGUCGCUUCCAGUGCCACUGUUACAAAAGAAAUCCUUAAAACCCACGAUAUCGAUUUUGCCUCCAGGUUUGAAUUUGGUCCUACGGAGUACAAUAUCUAUAGUGGGGAUGGCUUUGUUACAUGCCCUAAUAACACCUAUUGGCUGUUCAUGAAAAAGCUGUGCAUGACCAAGUUAUUCGCAGGCCCUCAGCUAGAUCGUUUCAACCAUAUUCGAGAACAAGAGAUUCAGAAUCUCUUGAAAUCGCUGUUCAAGAGCUCUAGAGAAGGAGAGGCGUGCGAUUUAGCUAUGGAGUUAACGACCUUAACAAAUAAUUUGCUGUGCAGAAUGGCUUUAAGUAAGAGAUGUUCGGAAAAUGCCGAGGGAGCUAAGGAAGUCAGGAAGUUGAUCGUGGAAAUUAUGCAGCUUGGAGCAAAAUUAGGAGUCAAUGAAGCACUCGGUCCUUUGAAGAAAUUUGAUCUCUUUGGAAAUGGGAAAAAGCUUGUGGAGGCAAUGUGGCGGUACGAUGAGUUAUUCGAGCAGAUCAUAAAGGAAUACGAAGACGAAAUUGUUGAUGGCCAUGGGAAAGAAGAUCAGGCAGAUCUGAUGAGCAUCGUGCUGGAGAUUUACAAAAACACAAACGCAGAGGUGAAGCUAACAAGAAAUCAGAUCAAGUUUUUCUUCAUGGAAAUAUUCAUGGCAAGCAUUGAUACUUUAACAGCAGCCAUACAAUGGGCCAUGGCGGAGCUCAUCAACCAUCCCCAGCCAUUCAAGAGGCUCAGAGAGGAGAUUAACACGGUUGUCGGGUCCAACAGGCUAGUCAAAGAAUCAGACGUCCCAAAUCUUCCUUACUUGCAAGCCGUUGUGAAGGAAACCCUAAGACUACAUUCUCCAGUACCCCUCAUCCAUAGAGAAUGCACCAAAGAUUGCACGAUCAAUGGAUUUCAUGUAAGGGCCAAGUCUAAAGUGCUGAUUAAUGUCUAUGCCAUCAUGAGGGACCCGGAGCAAUGGAAUGACCCAGAUGAGUUUUUGCCUGAGAGAUUUUUUAUCAACUCGAAUGAUAAGCUUGGUCAACAUGAUCACAUGGAAAUGAAGGGUCAGGAUUUUCAUUACCUUCCAUUCGGGGGUGGAAGGAGGGGAUGCAUUGGUGGAACACAUGCUCUACUGGUAACGCAUGUGACACUCGGAGCAUUGACCCAAUGCUUUGAUUGGAAAGUCAAAGGUGGGGAGAAGAUUGAUAUAAACGUGGGGUCGGGAUUUUCCGGAGCCGUGCCACUUCCUCUUGUGUGUUAUCCAAUCGCUCGUUUUGAUCCAUUUUAG